AUGAAGCCUCAACUCAAAGUUGCUGUUGCUAUUGCUAUUAGCUUGCUCUGGAUUCAGAACUCAUUUUGUGGGGAAUCAUCUGAUUCUGGCCUAAACAAGUGGAAGUGCAGAUGUUCUUCUUUCCAAGGGAACCUGAGAUACUCUCUUGCUAAUUGUUCUAAGUCAUGUGAUUGCCAUUCAGAUGCUGAAGAGGGUGCAUCCAUAUGGACAUGCAUAUGUGAUCCGAAUGGGUUUCCUAAAGUGACAGCAGAUGGCCGUAAUCCUUAUUGCUUUAAUGCCUGCAACUGCAACUGGGGAAUUGCCCGCAUUCCACUAGGUUCAAAGAAACACAUUUCGACCAAGAUUGUUGUAGUUAUUCUAUUAAUAUGUGUUACAUGCACAACUAUUGCAUUUCUUGCCUCAGUUGUAUGCUAUGUCUGGCGAAGGGAGAGAGGUCCUAUUCAAUCACCAAUGAUCUCAUCAGAUAAGGAAACAAGUUAUAGUAGUCCCAGCAACUUACUUAGUCAUAGGACUUCUUCUGUGCCUGAAACAAAAGUUACUAUAAAUUCUCCCAUUAGUCAUAUUGCAGGAUGCUUUCUGAAGGCCUCUUUCUUGUUUGGGAGCCCAAGAGAAAUUUUUCAUGGAAACAUUAUUCAAUUUUCUUUUGCUGAACUGGAAAAUGCCACUGAAAACUUUUCAGCUUCCAACCUAAUUGGACUAGGUGGAAGUAGUUAUGUAUACCGUGGUCGGCUGAAAGAUGGAAGUAAUGUGGCAGUCAAGAGACUAAAACAUCAAGUAGGGCCUGAAGCAGACUCUGAAUUUUUUACAGAGAUUGAACUAUUGUCUAGACUUCAUCAUUGUCAUCUGGUGCCGUUGAUUGGAUACUGCUCAGAAUUAAAAGGAAAAAAUGUUCUGAGGUUACUAGUGUUUGAGUACAUGCCUAAUGGCAAUUUGAGGGACCGUUUGGAUGGAGUUUUUGGAAAAAAUAUGGACUGGGCUACUCGUGUUACAAUUGCAUUAGGAGCUGCAAGGGGCUUGGAGUAUCUUCAUGAAGCAGCUGCUCCAAGAAUUCUGCACAGAGAUGUCAAAUCGACAAACAUUCUUCUGGAUGAAAAUUGGCAAGCAAAAAUAACUGAUCUUGGUAUGGCUAAAAACUUGAUAGCUGAUGACCUCCCCAGUUGUUCAGAUACUCCAGAAAUAUUGCAAGGGACAUUUGGUUAUUUUGCACCUGAGUAUGCAAUUAUAGGGAGAGCUUCUCUUGAGUCAGAUGUCUUCAGUUUUGGGGUGGUUCUUCUUGAGCUUCUAAGUGGUCGGCAACCAAUCCAUAAAUCUGCAGGCAAAGAAGAAUGCCUUGUUAUAUGGGCCACUCCUCGCUUACAGGAUAGUAAGCGAUUAAUGAAGGAGUUGGUUGAUCCAAAAUUGAAAGGAAACUUCCCUGAAGAAGAGGUGCAGAUAAUGGCGUAUUUAGCAAAGGAGUGCUUGCUGUUGGAUCCUGACACUCGACCAACUAUGAGGGAAGUUGUUCAAAUUCUUUCAAGUAUUUCCCCAGGCAAAUAUAAAAGGAGAAGAAACAUUCCAGUUGGCAUUUUUCAGGAACCAGAGAAGCAAGGUCAAGCUCCAUCAAGUAGAUUUUCAGCUCGUAAUUUACCGCUACAAGGUGUUGAUCAGAAGCUUCUUGUUGGAAACGAGAAUAAAGAUGUAGAUACAGUUUCAAUUUCAACUGAGUAUAUGAAGAGUUUGAUCCUCUUUUCUACAAAAGGUGAGAGCUGGCAUGCAACAGAAGAGGAAAUGGUAGAUUUAACCGAGCCUCAGUUUGAAUCAUUUUGCAUGACAAACGUCAAUUUCCCAUGA